AUGAGGUUGUUGUGUAUGCGUCGGAAUUGACCGCUUCGCCCCGCUCUUUUCUCCCUCUCACUAUACCUCCCCUCCCCGUCCCCUCCCCUCGACUUUGAGAGUCUGUGUUACCGUUCCUUCCCGUCAUCACCGUGUCAUCUGUCGGUACCAUCACCCUGCGUCUCCCUCCACUUGCUGCAUUUCUUUCAAUCACUCCCUCCCCUGCCCUGGUUUCUCCUCCUCCUCCUCCCACCAUGGAUGCCCUGCCUCUCCACCCUUCCUUCAUCUUUCUUCUUCUUCCCUGCUGCUAGUCUGUCUGGCCUCGUCACGCUUACCUACUUCUCCAGCACCGAAACCAGGGUUUACUUAUUUGAACUGUCUGUAUAUCCUUCCCUCCUCCCUCCCUCCUCCUCCUUUCCCUUCCCCGCUUCAAAUUCGGGGUAGCGCGACCUUAGAUUGCUUCCCAGAUUUAACACUGUCCGGCUAAUCGUUUUGUUUCUCUCUGUUUUUCUUAACCCUUUCCUUCUCCUUCUAUUCUCUUAUCAUCAAGUGGCGAUGUACUAGGACUGUGUUGCAGUUGGACCACCGACCUCCUCUUUCAGGUUUUACAUGGGAAGUGCUAGUACAUGGCAGUUUGAUGUCCUCCCAGCACACUUUGAAGCUGACACUGCCUUGUAUACUUAGGUGAACAGCGCAGAUACGAUAAAACAGUGGAUGGUUGUCUCCUUACAACUAUGGAAGCUCGGAGGUAUGAGUUAGAUACUCAUUCCAUGUCGGCUCCUGGGGUCUAUGCUGCCUACAAAUCAGGACGAGAUUCUUCACGCGGAUCGGGCAGAAUCGAGGAGCAUGUGGAUCCUGAACCAGCAGCUUAUCCAAGGAGGCAGCGUGCAACCCGUGGAGGGUUUGAAAGUCCUGCCAAACGCGCAAACGGUCCCACUCAACAAGCAGAUAGUCUUAAAACCAUUUACCCGGGCUCUGAUGAUACAGCAGUACAAAGUAAGAGUGAAAUGUUCUCACAGCCAACCCCGCAAUCCGAUUCCACUCCAGUCCCGGCUCGCAGUACACCCUCCAAGAGGUCACAAUACGCAUGGAAGGUUGCGGUGGAUGCUGCCAAUGCACUAGGUAGGGGUUUCGACGUCACCUCAGAUAUCCGUCUUGGAUUUGCGAAGGGGUCCUCUGGAUCCCGUUUGGUUGAAAUUGAUGAAACGAACACACAGGACAUCGUCGCGCCUGGGAAUGUUGUGAUUCCCAAUGUAUCCGUUGACAUCAGUUGUCACAAAGGUGAAAAAACUCACUAUGCAUCGGAGGUCUUGCCAUUCGCCCAGAUGUGCAGUCGUUUCAACCAAGCUGCUGCCAUUGAUGGAAAGAUGCCGUUGGGUCUUUUCAACAGUAUGUUCAACUUCAAUGGUCCAUGGCAAGCAGAUCAAAAUGCCACUAAAGCUCUGGCAAUGGAUGGGUGGUUCGUCAAACUCUAUAGUUUGCAGCUGACAAGGUCCCCUUUGACUUUACGAGAUGAAAUUAGGAAAGCAAUUCCAUCUUCGUGGGAGCCGAAGGCAUUAGCCAGCUUUAUAGAGAAAUAUGGGACACACGUCAUUAUAAGUCUUCAAGUUGGAGGGAAGGACGUGAUUUAUGUUAAACAGCAUCAAAAUUCACCCACUUCUAGUACCGACGUCCAGAAACUUAUGGAGAGCACGGCUGAGAAGAGAUUUACUGGUCAAUCAAAUGGCCACAACACUCAGAGAGAGAGACUUGGCAAGGAUAAGGUAAUGGAUUCAUUUUCUCCAAUCAGCACGGCAGCUCGAUUGAAUAUACCGACACCGUCUACAUCACAAUCUAAGGAGGGUGUAGAGAUCAUCUUUAGACGCAGAGGAGGGGAUAACAUGGUGGAUUCGCAUCAGGGAUGGCUCGCAACAGUUUCAGAAACCCCCGAUGUCAUUGCCAUGACAUUUGUGCCGAUAUCUUCAUUGAUAAGCGGUAUACCUGGCAAUGGUUAUUUAAGUCACGCUGUCAACUUAUAUAUGAGAUAUAAGCCUCCUAUUGAAGAGCUACAAAAUUUCUUGGAGUUUCAGCUGCCAACUCAAUGGUCACCUUCUUUAGCUGAGCUGGCACUUGGACCUAGGAGAAAAGAACCUGUUUGUCCAGCGAUGCAGUUCAGCUUGAUGGGUCCCAAAUUGUACGUGAGCACGAAUCAGGUUUCGGUGGGGAGAAGACCAGUAACGGGUCUCCGUCUCUUCUUGGAAGGUGUAAAAUGUAACAGACUUGCAAUUCAUUUGCAGCAUCUAACAACACUUCCUCGGAUAUUGCAACCCCAUUGGGAUACCCAUGUUUCAAUAGGAAAGCCCAUUUGGAAAGCACCCGAAGAGCAGGAUACGCGAUGGUUUGAACCAGUGCAGUGGAAAGGCUUCAGCCACGUCAGCACUGCUCCCAUUGAAUUCAACGAAUCGUGGGUUGGAGAAGCAAAUGAUGCUCACAUUGUGACUGGGGCGCAAUUACAGGUGUGGGACUUUGGGAUCAAGAACGUUCUUUUCUUGAGGCUUUUAUUUUCACGUGUUCCAAAGUGCUCCAUUCGACGCUCUGUAUGGGAUAAUACUCCUGCCAUCUCCCAGAAAUCAGGCUUGUUUUCACAGUUGGGUUUUUCUGGGAAGCAACAGACACAGCAACAGCAAAUUCCACCUCCAUUCAACCCCAAUUCAGCUGUCUGCAACAAGACGCCGAAGGCACAACCGUUGAAGCUGCUGAAGUUUGUGGAUAUCACAGAGAUGAAAAAGGGGCCGCAAGAUAUGCCUGGGCACUGGCUUGUGACUGGAGCAAAGAUGGAUGUGGAUGGUGGCAAAAUCUCGUUGCGGGUCAAGUACUCGCUCUUACACUAUUAGAGGGGAUUGGGUUUGGAUGCGGACUUGUGCCAUGUUUAAGAGGUUAGAGGUAUGCUUAAGUUUGUGUCAACUCGAUUCGUAGGGUCUGGCAUCAUACUACUGCCUCAGCAGUGCUUGGGUUGUGCAUCUUUUUGUCUGAUAUAAGGCAACAGCUUCUUUUUCAUGCUGGAGUAUUCUGGGCAAGAGUACGAGCAAGGCGCCUUCGAUAACAGUUGACGGGGGUGGGGGAGGGACUUGUUUCUUAUUCUUCUUAACACUGUUUCUGUGAUUUCACAUUAAUAGGAGAGGUGGUUUUAGUGGAUUAAGGUACGACGGUAUUUGUAAAGAUUUAUUAUUCAUUACAGGCUUGGCAACAGUUAGUCUCAUACUCACCUGACCCCAGACUGCUACUGAUUGCACAACCAGGCCUUUGAUCAAUAAGUCAGCGAGUGUCUCUGGUAGUUAGGUUUUAUUCCCUGCAUUAAUACAUCGCAUGGAAUAGGAGUGGGUUUUGAGUUGGUUGAUUAAAACUUCGCAUGAGGGGGUCGCUCUCUGCAAAAGAACAGCUUGAAAUGUGAUACGGAGGUGCAGAAUUAGGACACAAGGGACUAUCACCAGUCCUGAAACCUGCACGUUAUCGAGGUCUGUAACACCCAAUUAAUAUCCCUAUCUUACACUUUACAAUGUGUAAUAAGUAUUUAAGCUUCUUUAUUA